CCGUUUUUUCUGUACUUACCUCUCACCGCAAAAAAACAAACAAACAAGUAGGUGAUGUCAACUGACGCCGUGACGAUGAUCCCUCGAUCGUUGACUCCUAGUGUUUUUAAUAAUAAUUGAGCAUGACGGAGGAUAAUGAGGACGCGGGGCCGACCGAGGACGUGACAAUCAGUGAAGAAGACACUGUGCCGUCAUCCUUGAGUCGUAGCCCGGGCGAAUGUUCGGUUCUUCUGAAAGAAUCUUGGAAACCCCUUGAGGAUGUGGGUACAGGGGCUCGUGUCGAGCAUCCUGAGAGGCAGUGGUGGUUGAAACGUCCGGAAACUCGACUUGGUUCCUCUUCGUCUAGAAAAUCGAGAGUUAAAUCUGUCCACUCGCCAGAAGGCACUUCGUCCAUGAGAGAGUUCCUAGAGAAGGAGAGAUACUGCAGGGUGGUGCACAAAAAUGAGGCCGAGGGGAGAGAUAAAGACGACACUCUCUGUGAUAUUUUGGCAUCGGCUGCAUUCGACAAGUACCCAGAGGAUUUCGAGAACGCUACAGACGAGGACAUCGGGAGUUUCCUCGAGGAGAUGAGUAAAAUCGCCGGUGCCCUCUCUCCGAAUUCCACCCGUGAGCGCUCAAAGUCCCUUUCCUCGAAGAAUCCCACCGAGGAGGAAAAAUCCGUCGAGGAGUUGCUGCAAGAAGCUGAGAAAUUAGUCCGCGAAAAUGUAAGCCUAUCAAAAAGUUCCUCUCGCUCCGAAACUCUAAUUCCAUCCCCAGACAAUUCCAAAAUCUCUAAAGCCUUAAAACCCCCGAAAUCGCGAGCGCAAAAUCUCGAAGACGACAUAUUCGAUCUGAUUCAACAAGAGGUCUACAAAGAGACUGAGAAAAUUCGAAAGAGUCCGAGAAAUGAGAAACGUCCCGUGAGUCCGGACCAUAAUGCGUACAAUAUUUUGAAACCGACGCCCUUGGAACUUCAGAAGAAACACUUCGAGGAGGAAAAAGUGGAAGUUUCGAGUAGUUCGGACCUGGACGAUCCUAUCGAGCGUCACUCGAACUCGGAGGAUCUCAAGUCCCUGAAGAAGGCUCAGGAGGACAAAGUCAAUCUCCAAAAAGAGAUAACAGAUGUCGACAAAGACUUUUUCGACGACUUGUUAAAGAAAUCGCGAGAGAAAAUGGAGGGAGGAAUAUCUGGAAGCUCGAGCUUCGGUCAGGAGGACUUUUCUCACUUCCUUAAGCUUCUCCAGGGAAAGUCUGACCCCGAGGGCUCCAAAAAUUUCUCUCACCAGAUUGACGUCAUUGUCGGUGUUCCAAACGAUCCGAGCGCCACCCGCGGCUUUUCAACCGAUUCUAGUGCGAUCCGGGACUUUCCAGGCAACACUGGCACCAUUCGGGGCUUCCCGGGUGAUCCUAGUCCGAUUUUCCCCGAGAGAGAGAUCGCAGAGAUUCUCGAAAAAGAAUUCCCUAAGAUACAGAAAUCUCCCAGAUCAAAAAACACUCACGAGAUAGUAGAUUCCGACUCUAGCGCCAGUAAUGAACAGUCAAAGCCACAUGAGGCCGAAUCGAGACGAGACGCAGCGCUAUCUCGGAACUCAAGUCGAGAUAGAUCGAACAAAGCGGAAAUCCGAAAAGUUCCGAAUUCGGAGACUGAAUUGUACACAGUUGGUCUCACACCGAGACUCGAAUUAUUUGCUGACGCGAUUCCGAAACUUCUGGCGGAGAGAUCCGAAGUCAUUUCUCAGAAGUCUCCCCAGGUGACUCCGCGAAAGUCCGGCGAAUCACCAGGAGAUGAUAAGAAGCUUCCAAAAGAGCCCGAACCCCUCGAAGAUCGUGAGACCUGUGACCUGCCUCCGAAGCCUCUAAGGCCCCCAGAGAGGAAGGUCCCCACCCGCACUAGCACUAUAGGGCCUUCGCGUAGCUGUGAUCAACUCUCGCGACCAACAGCGUCUUUUCGUUCGUCUCUGGACGACGUUAGGAAGCCGAAGUCACCUGAGACCGCGAAAAAACCGCCCCUCGGUGUAAGAGCCGGCCCAAAAAAUCCUAAGGCUCCCCUGAGGUCUCAGGCGCCUUCUCCAAAAGUCAAAUUGUCUUUGAAACCGACGGUUCAGAAGCAGCCGUUGACCUCUCGUGGUAGAACACCUGAGAAUAUCCUGAAACGGACCUUAGCUGGUGGUGACAACCGUCGAAACUUCUCGAAGAACGACUUCGAGACGCUCUACCUGGAGGAAAAGCAUAAAACAGCACUCAUGCGCGAUCAGAUCGAAUCCGAGGCGAAAUUGUACAAGCAACAGAUUCACAACAUGCGUGAAUGCUUCGAGAAGGAGCUUUUCGCCUUGAAGAAGCAGAACAUCAUUCUGACGGCCAGAGUCGACGAACUUACUCUCAAGGAAGCGAGCGAAAGACGAAUAGAGGUGCCUGGAUCAAGAGUGGAGACGAGGGUUGGUCUGUUGGAGAAGGAGCUGGAGAAGCAGGAGAGCUUGAUAAGAACUUAUGAGACUGAGAACAAAAAGCUGAUGAUCGAAACAAAACGUCAGCAAGAAGAGAUCAGGAGUCUUGAGCAGAAGCACAAGAUCAAGGAUGUUCCUACGUCGUCUGAAGAAGUUCAGAAACUCAAUGACAUCAUCAAGGAUCUGCGUGAGGAGAUCCUGACGAUUAAUUUGGAAGUUUCCGAUCUUCGGCAGAAGAAUUCUGAUUUGGUUUUGAAGCACGAUGAUGUUGUCCAGCAGAACAGUCUUCUGGAGGACGAGCUCAGCUUGUUCAAGAAGCAAUUGAAGUCUAAAGACAAGUUCAUCACUGAUAGGCUGCAGUCCAUGAGGACCGAGGAAGUCGAUAUGCGGAGGAAGAUGGAGGAGAUGAGGCUCGAGCUUUCGUCGAAGACGGAGAAGCUUAGAAUCACGAAUGAAGAAUUCGACAAGUUCCAGGAGGCGAUAGCACCACUUGAGCGGGAGCUCCUAGAGCUUCGAGUUAAGGAGCAGAACUUGCAGGAGAAGCUCCAGGUGGCGAGGAGUCACGUGGAGCGUGAAAAAGUGCUGACGCUAAAACUCAAAGAUCAAGUGAUUCUGGAUAACAAGAAGAUUUUGGAUUUAAAUCGUCAAGUUCGCGAGAUGGAGAGAAUUCUUAAACGAAAGAACCCGGAUUCGGUAUCCGCUUUGAUCCUCACCGCCAAGUCUGAUCACGAGAGAGUGAAUUUGGAGAAAAUCAAGCUCCUGGAGGACAGGAUUGCAUCGUUGGAGGGCGAGUUGCGAGCAAAGGAAGAGAUCGGGCAAGAAAAGUUGUCGGAUUUGCAGCAGAAGUUCGCGGAGAUGAAGGACAAGUACUCGUUGCAAGUGUCCGAGCUCGAGCAGAAACUUCAAGACGCUUUGGCCAGGGUCCACAAGAGCCUGUCCACGGUUUCCACGCAGACAAUGACUAAAAGCGUGGAGAAUAAAAGCGUCGAGGCGAAACGAGACGAGGAGAGGCUACAGAAGUCUUCAGACAAAGAGAUUAGAAAUGGAAAGCCUAAUCUGAAGUCUCAGAAUCCUAAAGAGGAUGCUCACUUGAUCGCCACGAUAAGAGGGUUGAAGCUCGAGCUUGCGACCAAAGACAAGAGUGUCCAGAAGUUCACGAAGGAGCUGCAGGAGCUCCAGAAGACCAACCGCCGCCUGCAGAAGGAGCGGGAGAGGCUUCUGAAUGAUCGUCGAAGCUUUCGAACGGGUGAUGAGAGAAUUAAGAGCUCGAAGUCGGAAGCAAGUGAUCAGAAUUCUAAUGUAUGUCAGAAUGGGCAUUUGACCAAUGGACAGAAGCUCUCCGGUUCGGCGCAGAGACUUUACGAUCCUCUGCAGUUCUCGGAGGACGGUGAGGGCUCUGUUGUCAAGCGAUUGACGGGUGAGAACGAGAUCCUGAAGGAAGAGUUGAGUAAAAUGAACAAGGACUACAUGACGCUGAAGAACAAGCGGUUGCACGAUUUGAAUCUGCUACAGGAGGAGCACGAACGAGAGAUAGCGGCUCUCGUUAAAGAGUACAGCGUCAAAUUUGGGGAUUCCAAGGUUGUCAAGCUUCAGGGACAGAUCAACACGCAGGGAGCGAUCAUCGCGCACCUGAAGGAGCAGAUCGAUAAGCUGCAAGAUUACAAGGAACAGGUGAUUGUUCUCAAAGUGGAGCGUGAACAUCUGGAGAACAAGGUGAAGAUUCUGAAUGAAAAGGUUAAGUAUUUAAGCACACCGGGGACUGAGCAGCUACAACUACUUCAGGACAAGAUAACGAUUCUUCAGCAGAGGCACGAGAGCAGGGAGAUGACACUUCAGAAUCUGGUGAGGGAUCUGCUGAGGAACAAGACAUUGUGCCGCGACUGCAAAGGGGAAAAAGGAAAGAACAAACAGCUCUGCUAUUUCAGACAGGAGUUAGAUCAUAUUUUGGGAAUGCUACAGGAGAUUGCCAAUGUCUAGAGUACUUUUUUUAGAAUUCUGUGAUGUGGUCUCGACAGUUCAUUUGGUAGCGGCUAUCGCAGUCUUUUUAUCGAGAUUUUACCUGAGUUUCCGUAUAUUUGGAGGCAUUAUCUCCUUCGAUUUGUACAAAUAGCCAAAUACUGAUGUCCAAUCGAUCUUCCUCAGUAGUUAUCGAAAUAUCAAUUACAAGUUAUUUUAAAUGAUUGAUAGUUGAUCGAUUGGGAUCACUGCCAAAGAUAUUACCGCUGGAGUUGAACCAAAAACUUUAGCAUUUAUUUUAAUGAAUUUGUCUCUCUAAAUGUCGCUGAGAUCUUGCCAGACGAAAGGAACAAAGAAAUCUUCCGUGAAAUGAGGAGAGGCCUCAGAACCCUCGAACGUAUUUUUUCGCUGAUAUUGCUCGUUGUAAAUAGAUUAUACUCAUUCUGAUAAUUAUAGCGUGUAUUCACGGUAGGCAUCACAGUCAACGAAUUCUUUUGUAUAGAUUAAAAUAUGUACGUCAUAAUCAUCAUUUAUUUAUUGAUAUACUUCGGGGAAGAUAUCGUCUUGAGAUAAUUCCAUUGGAUACAGUAUUGCACGAAAAAUGUACUCAUUUUUUACAUGACACUUUUUAGCUUUAAACUGCAAGACAAUGUACAAAAUAAUCUUGAAUAAAUCGAUCUCUUUCGUCCAGA